AGCUUGCCGGUACUGGGCAUUCCGGGCACGCGGAGCUCGGCCCAGGCCUCCGCCAUGGACGAGGAGAUUCAGGAGGUGCGCGACAAUUUCUAUGUCGGCAACUAUGUGAAGGCCAUGAACCUCUGCGAGUCCCUGAAGGGCUCUAGCGAGCUCACGCAGGGCGAGCUGGGCGCCAUUUUGGCGCGCUGCUGCUUGGCCAUCCCCCAGAUCGAGCGGCUGAAGGCCAUGCAGAACUCGGAGAUUUCAGGGCAGCGAGCCGCCGCGCUCAUGGCGGUGAUCACCAAGUCCAAGAACGAGCCGCAGGUGUCCUCCGCCAAGGAGCGGCUCGGGGCCUUGGCGAAGGAGACGCAGGACAUGAGCUGUGCCAUGCUCCACGCGAUUGUGCUGGCAAUGGACGGCAACUGGAACGAGGCUGCGCAGAUGACCAAGGCACAUCCCGUGCUGGAAAUGCAGGUGCUGACGAUUCUGCUGGCGCUCAGCUGUAACCAGAUCAGCAUGGGGGAGAAGCUGCUGAAGGAGGCGGCGGGGAACAACGACGACUCGGCUGCAUACCGCAUCGCGGCGGCGGCGGUGAAGCUGGGGGGCGGAGACCCGGAGGAAGCGUACCUCACGUACUGCGACCUCUCCUCGCAGUUCCCACCGGUGGAUGGCGAUGACUCUGGCGCCGGAUCGGUUCUGCUACAGAACGGCAAGGCUGUGGCCAACAUGCAGCGCGGCAUGUUCUCGGAGGCCGUGGAGGACUUGCAGAGGGCCCUGGCUGUUGCUCCGAACGACCCAGACACGCUGGUCAACAUGUGCAGUUGCAUGACCCACCUGGGCAAGAAGGAGGAGUUCCAGCAGUAUUACACCAAGCUGGAGCAGGUCGCUCCCACCAACGGCUUCGUGCUGAAGACCCAGGCCAUGUCCACGGCCUUCACGCGCUUCAAGACCUCCCUGCAGGCCUUUCAGACUUUGGACCAGUAGGAGGCGAAGCGAGC